AUGACUCUCAAUUAUCACGCACAUGGAAAAGAGAUUGAAGAAUCAUAUUGUCGUGUUAGUGAUAAUUCAGAUGGUGAUAAAUGGGUGAUUUAUGACUACGAAGGCAACUCCAAUACGAUACGAGUGAAAGAGGAAGGAACUGGUGGUCUCGAAGAGUUCGCCGACAGUUUCAGCUCAGGAAAGCUGCAAUUCGGUGUGAUUUCCGUAAGACUCAGCAGUGAUGUUUUCCCGAAAAUUGUUUUAGUUCAUUGGCAAGGUGAAGGCGUUCCCACUCUCCGUCUGGCUUCUACGACGUCGCACGCUGAAGAGUUCCGUCGAUUUUUGAAAACUGUUCAUAUUGUGCUUCACGCACGCUCGGAAAUCGAUGUGGAGCCAGAAGCGAUUAGAAAAGAGGUCAGGAAACUCCCAGCUGCCAAUGCGAGUUCGAACGCAGAGGUGACAUACAGUCUGCCUGAGAAAGUUAACUCUGUUUAUCAACCUACAAAUGCUCAAUCAGAAUUGAGUGCAACGGCUCGUGAGAACUUUUGGAGCUCGAUGAAUCAAGAAGAGAAGAAACGGCAAGCAGAAGAGAAGGCAUCUCACGCAGAGCAGCUGAAACGCUACGAAGCCGAUAGAGAGCGAACAGCUGCUGAAAUUCAGAACAAAGCGGAUAAUUAUCAGCCUGAGAAGGUGAAUUCGGUUUAUAAACCGACGAAACCUCAUGUCGAAAUGAGGUCCGUAAAUCGUGAUGAAUUCUGGAGUAAAAUGAACGAAGAGGAGAAGAAACGUCAGGAAGACGAAAUGCUUGCUCGUGAAGAGGCGCAGAAGCAGUAUGAAGCUGACAGACAACGCAUGGCUUCUGAAAUGCACUCAAAGGCGGAAAGCUAUCAACCCGAAAAAGUCACUUCCGUAUAUAAACCAACAAAACCGCAUGUGGAAAUCAGUUCAUCUGCGCGCGAAGAGUUCUGGAAUAAGAUGAAUGAAGAGGAGAAAAAACGACAAGCGGAAGAAAAAGAAGCAUACGAUUUGAAGCAAAAAGAGUUUGAAUCCGACCGAAAGCGAAUCGCUGAUAAUCUUCAUGAAAAACUUCAAUUAAGCGAAAAACCGGCCGUUUCCACAGCUUCUGCUUCUUCUCACAUUCCGAACUCGACGUCUUCUACAUCAGCAGCCACAUCUUCAGGUCUUGUCGGGAGUCGUAAAGAGAUGUUUAAUUCGAAGCCGUCAGAGCCAAUCCUUCCAAAACCACACGUCAAUGGUGGGGGAGCUGCAAAGAAGUGGCCUCCGGUUGGAACAAAUCAAGACUCGGUUCCACGGGAGCCAGUAAAUCGUGUUGUUGAAGAUACGCACCAACCAGAAGAACCCAUGAGCUAUCAGCCAGAACCAAUGGUGUAUAAGCCAGAAGCAAUGAAACCAGCCACUCACUCCUACGAUGCUUAUGAAGAACCGCCAGCAGAGCCUGCUCCAGUCUAUAAGCCUCCUGCAUUCAUUGCUCCAGUUCCAGUUGUGGCUCCACCACCUCCAGAGCCAACUCCAACGCAUAUCGCGUCUCAAUAUGAUGCGCCGCCUGCAUUUGAACCUGCCACUCCGGCUCCUACACAUUACGCGUCUCAAUAUGAUUCACCACCAGUUCUCAACGAGCCAUUUGAACCAAUUGUUGCUCCAUCCGUAGUCACACCGCCUUCUCAUUAUGCUUCCCAAUACGACGCCCCUCCAGAGCCAGUGGAAUCAUUGCCAGCUCAUAUUGCCUCUCAAUAUGAUAUGCCUCCAGUGAUGCCUGCUGAACCAGUUGUCGUCCCCAAUGUCAUCAAGGCUUCAUCUCAACCUGCUCCUCCAAUCGAUCAAUACGACUUCCCUCCAGUGACUUCUGAACAACAAGCACUAGCUUUAUGGGAUUAUCAAGCAGCUGAUGAUACAGAAAUCUCAUUUGACCCUGAUGAUAUUAUCACUGAUGUCGAUCAAGUCGACAGCGGGUGGUGGAAAGGAAGAGCCCCGAAUGGUCGUGUUGGAUUGUUCCCAGCUAAUUAUGUGAAAUUGAUUUAA